CCAAAGUUGACACCGAAUCCGAAGAUGAAUUUUCCAAUAUAUCAACAUCUGCCAAUACUGCAUCACAAAUAAAAAAGCAAACAACGCUUGCUAAUUAUGUUUUACGCCCACUUUCUAAUAAUGAUAAAUCGCACUUUGAGAAUUUACUACCUAAUAGGCAUGCAAUUAGUGACCGAAUUCUUUCAAAAAUAUCAGUGAAUAUAACGAAAGAAAUUUUACAAAAAGCAUGCGCGGAUAAAAUUGGGGUAAUUGCAGCUUUCGACGGCUGGACAAAUAUUAAGAGAGAGCAUCUGUUUGGCGUAGUUUUAAUAACUUCUUGGGGUAAACCUUUGAUCUGGAAUGUGAGUGAUAUAAGUAAUCAGCGAUCAAUGACCGAGAAUGCAAAACUUCAUAUUAAAAACAUAAUGAAUGAUGCAGAGAAAAAUACAAGAAUUAAAAAAUGA